AUGCUGAUUUUAAAAGUUGACCAGGGAUUUCUCGUCGUGGGGUGUUUGCGAGGCAUGGCUCUCAUUUUAACUUGCUUCUUCCUGUCAUGUUUGAGUGCGAGCGGUGUUUGGGGGAGUCCUAACGGUGACUCCAACAUCUAUUUGGAUAACAUCACGCGUAUAUUGGACAGAUUAUUGGAUGGCUAUGACAACAGACUGCGACCUGGAUUUGGAGGUCCAGUCACAGAGGUUAAAACCGACAUCUUUGUCACCAGCUUUGGACCAGUGUCAGAUGUCGAGAUGGAAUACACCAUGGACGUGUUCUUUCGUCAGACGUGGAUCGACGAGCGGUUGAAAUUCGAGGGUCCCAUUGAGAUCCUGCGGCUCAACAAUCUGAUGGUCAGCAAGAUCUGGACGCCGGACACCUUUUUCCGGAAUGGCAAGAGGUCGAUCUCUCACAACAUGACCACCCCCAACAAGCUGUUCCGCAUCAUGCAGAACGGAACCAUCCUGUACACCAUGAGAUUAACUAUAAAUGCAGAGUGCCCGAUGCGUCUGAUGAACUUCCCGAUGGACGGCCAUGCCUGCCCGCUCAAGUUUGGGAGUUAUGCUUACCCCAUCAGUGAGAUUGUGUACACGUGGAAGAAAGGUCCUCUCUCCUCCGUGGAGGUGCCACAGGAAUCCUCCAGUCUGCUGCAGUACGACCUGAUUGGUCAGACGGUUUCAAGCGAGAUGCUCAAGUCCAACACAGGUGAAUAUGUCAUCAUGACAGUCCACUUCCACCUACAGAGGAAGAUGGGCUUCUUCCUGAUCCAGACCUACAUUCCCUGUAUCAUGACCGUUAUCUUGGCCCAAGUCUCCUUCUGGAUAAACAAGGAAUCAGUUCCAGCUCGGACUGUGUUCGGUAUCACCACCGUCCUGACCAUGACGACGCUCAGUAUCAGCGCCCGCCACUCCCUCCCCAAAGUCUCCUACGCCACAGCCAUGGAUUGGUUCAUUGCCGUUUGCUUUGCCUUUGUCUUCUCCGCCCUGAUUGAGUUUGCGGCCGUCAACUACUUCUCCACCCUGCAAGCCAACAGGGAGCUGCGGAAGGCAGCAGCUAUGAAGGUGGCGGCUCAGGAGGCGGCGGCGGCUGCAGCUGCGGCUCCGGCUGCGACCACGGGGACCGACGGAGACGUUUCCUCGGUGGAUUCCUCUAGUGUGCUGAAGAAGAGGAUGAACUCGGCUCCGCUGUUCGACCGCCCGGCCAAAACCUUUCCCAACCCACCGGUCAAUGCCCAGGCCUUCCUGCAGCAGGGCUCAGCUGUACCGGACAACACCAUGCUGACCGGCACCAGCAUCAUCGACAAAUACUCCCGCAUCCUCUUCCCCCUUUCGUUCGGCGCGUUCAACCUGGUCUACUGGAUCGUGUAUCUCACCAAGGACACCAUGGAGUUGUCCAGGUGA